UGUUAAUAAAAAAUGCAUAAAGUAUCUCAUCGUCUUCGCCUUCUCUGUCUCUGUCUCUGUAAUCGCUAGUCUUCCCUAUCGCUCCUUACGACCUUAUCGGGAGCGGCAGCAGAAAUGGCUUCGUCUUCUUUGGUAUUCACUUCUUUUUCUCCCAAAACCCUAUCCUUCUCUAAUACCCAGAACCCUUCCGUCACUCUCUUCUCCGCCGUGUCCUUAACUUCUUCUGCCAAAUGUAGCAACAAGGCUCCUACGAUUUCCUUCUCAUUUCCCUCUAGGAGGACUAGCAGCUGCGUUAUCCUUUCGUCCACCCGUUUCACUCCUAAAGUAGCCAUUUCAUCUGAAUUCGACCAAGACGAGGAUGUCGCAAGCGAAGAUGAACAGACUUUCUCUCCUGAUUUGAAACUUUUUGUGGGUAACCUCCCCUUCAAUGUUGACAGCUCAGACCUCGCCGGCUUGUUCCAACGUGCCGGAAAUGUUGAGAUGGUCGAGGUUAUUUAUGACAAGACGACCGGAAGAAGCCGGGGUUUUGGGUUUGUGACUAUGUCUACCAUCAAGGAAGUCGAAGCAGCUGCUCAGCAGUUCAAUGGCUAUGAACUCGAAGGAAGGGCAAUGAGAGUGAACGCUGGACCUCCACCUCCCAAGGAUGGUUUUUCAAGGGGACCUCGAGGUGGGGGUGGUUUUGAUUCAGCCAAUCGGGUUCAUGUGGGUAACCUAUCAUGGGGUGUUGAUGAUGAAGCUCUUGAAUCCCUGUUCGGUGGGCAAGGCAAGGUAAAGGAGGCCAGGGUUGUUAUUGACAGGGAAAGUGGUAGAUCAAGGGGUUUUGGGUUUGUCACCUACAGUUCUGCUGAGGAGGUCAACAAUGCUAUUUCGAGUCUCGAUGGUGUUGACUUGAAGGGCAGAUCGAUCCGAGUAAGUAUGGCAGAAGCAAGGCCAAGGCGCCAAUUUUAAUUCUGGAUCUUCUCUACCUUUUUGACCGAGAAAAGACUUGUGGUGGUAUUGCACAACAGCUUGGAAUUCUCAGCAUUAUGAUUGGUUGGGGUUUUGAUGACUAUACUUCAGUAACCAUCUCCAAGAGCUGUAUCUAACUUUUUUUUUUUAAUCUACUUUUAGGCCUUAUAUGGCUAAAAUGUAAUGGACUCCGGUAUAAGUAAUAUUUUAGAGGAUAUGUUUUCUUCA